CGUGUUGGUGGCUGCGGCGGCGGCGCGGGUUCUUCCGGGCUCUGGAGCUUCCUGCCGAGCAUCGCGCAGCCGCCUCGGUCGCGGGAGACCCCAGCGCAGGCCUUCGGGGUGCAAGCUUCUGGGGCGCAGGCCUCCGGGGUUCAAGCCUCCGGGACGCAGACCUCCGCACCGUGCGUGCGCACAGCGCACCAUGAGUGCCCUGCCACCGUCGCCGCCGCCGCCGCCACCGCUGCUGCUGCUGCUGCUCGCGCUCCUGGCCGCGCCCGCCGUCCUUGCUCGCAGAGCCGAGUCCGCCUCGGCCUCACAGUCCGAAGCAGACCACCAGCCUCCGCCCAGCCCGGGGAAUGCUACCCAGCUGGGAUCUGGCAUGGCGGGCGGGGGAGGUUCCAACAGCAGCGUUGACGCGGUGGUGACCCGCAUCUCCAGCCUGCUUCGCGACCUGCCCACCCUGAAGGCGACAGUGAUCGUGGCGUGCGCCUUCAGCGCUCUGCUCAUCGCCUGCCUGCUGCUGCGCGUCUUCAGGUUGGGAAAGAGGUUGAAGAAGACCCGCAAGUAUGACAUCAUCACCACCCCUGCUGAACGUGUGGAAAUGGCCCCACUGAAUGAGGAAGACGACGAGGAUGAGGACUCUACAGUAUUUGACAUCAAAUAUAGGUAAAACCUCCUUGGCUUGUCAGCAUCCUGUGAGGAAGCUGGUUAGCUGCAGCCUGGGCUGUCAAGGUCUGGGCACCAUCUCUUGCCUGAGGUGUUGAAACCCAAACCAAUGUUAUUUAUGAAACUCUGGCUUCACCCUACAUGUCUGGCAUCUGGAAUGUCACCGUCAUGCUUGUUCUCAGCCGCCAGAUGAGAGUCACCUUGGCCACCCUCGGAUGCCCCUUUGAAAUGCUCUUUCCACCGUUGUCUUGAGGGGGUUUUCUGCCUUCCUGAGAGAUGAAGAUGGGAACAUCGAGUUCAGAGAUUUUUCUAGAACUACUAUAGAUAAUAGUAAAGCUACAAUUGGGAGGAUCAAGAGUUUUAUUAAAAAGCUGGGCUGGGGAGAUAGCUUAGCUCAGAACCUGAUCACCUUGUAAGCAGGGGACAUGAGUUUAGUCCCUAGUGCUCACAUUAAAGCAAAACUAGUAUGGUGGCCCACACCUGGAAUCUCAGCACUGGGAUGCAGGUGGACUGCUCAGUCAGCCUAGCCCAAUGAAUGAGUUCCAAUGAAGACACCUGGUUAUAGAAAAGUUGGUUGGCUCCAGAGGAAUAAUGGCAAAGGUUCAUUUCUGGCCUCUACAUACCUGAGUAGGUAUGCCAACACACACACACACUCACACACCUCAAAAGCUAGAGGGACCUUCAGAUGUACCUGGGAGAAUCCUGACAUUUUUGUUCUAAACUUCUUGAGGUCUGGCUUUAUUUAGGGGAGAGUUGUAUAUUUCAGAAUGGAUGUAUAAGUUCCCUACCCUACCUAAGAGGCUCCUCACAAUAGGUCACAGAAGAAUUUCACAUUAUCAGGGAUAAGACCACAUGGGUGAGUGCAUAGAUGGGUAUGUACACCUAUCAAAUAGUUUCUCUUCUCGUGAGAAUGGAAAGUGCCAGGCAGCUCUCAGUGAUUUUGUGUGCUGUACAAACAUUGCUCUGCUCUGCCUCAGUGCUGUGGUGUCUGUCUUAGGAAUGUAAUGCUAAGAAAUCACUGUGGCAAUUUAAAUGAAUGUUAAUUUGGUUGGCUGAAAAAAGAAAAAGAAGGAGAAGGAGGAAGAAGAGGGGGAAGAAAGAAGAUACUUUUAAGGACUCUUGUUGGAAGCUAGUCCAGGCUAGGUUGGACUGAACUGGACUGGAACUCUCCAGGGCCCACUGCUGUUCAUGAGGAGCUCAGGUGGGCACUUACCCUGGGAGUGGAUGGAUACCCAGGGAUACCCUAAACAGGCCCUGGACUCAGGUUAAUGGAGGCCUCCCGUGACCUUCUCCUAUAUUACUGUAGCUGGAAAGCUUCUGUGCAUAUCUAAUAGCAGUGCCUUUGGGACCCUGGGAGUGCAUCACACCUGGGAAGGUGGCCCUUGUAAUCUCAUUUCCUUUUCAUCUUUGUCCUGAGGUUUGUGUAUUUGCCUGUCUAUUGCCCUGUUCCAUUGCUUUGGAUGAAAAUUUGUACCUUGGCCAGCUCCACCCUGUGUUCAGCCUCUCCAGUUCCUGACUGGGGUUGUAUUGGUGGCAGUAUCCUGGUUCUGGAGCCUGGCUGGGCACUGGUUCCUUCAGCCCUAAGCCAGCAUGAGGUGUGCUGUGCUCCUGGGAUGCCUUUAUUUCACCUUUUCAGUUGGCUUCUCUUGUCUGCCAUUAGCCAAGAGGGGUGGGUCUGGAAACAGCUGGUGGCUCUCUCCUCUCACCACGUCCUCAAGCACGGUGGUGACUCUAGGAAGCUGGCCAUCUCAAAGCUGUACACUCUCUCAGCCUUGGAGCUGGGACUCAAGGGUCCCAGAACUGCAGCUAAACCCAUCUGGAAAAGCUGGAUUCUCCAUUCUCCUGCCUUAUGUAUGAACACCACGGAUCCGGCUGCCAGCCACUCAUCACUGCCUGGCAAGAAUGGUGGUACAGUGACCUUCCAAAUCCUUGAUGAAACUUCAACACCAUAGGCACUUAAAUAAAGAUCCUUAAAGCAAAUAAAAAAAAUAACCUUUAGAUUGAA